AUGUUCGGUGGUGACCAGACAACCGCAUACACCUUGAAAGUCAUCGGGACAUACGGCUACAUGUCACCAGAGUAUGCCAUGGAUGGUGUGUUCUCCAUGAAAUCUGAUAUCUACAGCUUUGGUGUCAUGGUGCUAGAGAUCGUCACUGGCAAGAAGAAUCGAGGCUUUUACGAUGUCGAGCUUGAUCUAAACCUCCUCGGUUAUGCGUGGACGUUGUGGAAGGAAGGCAGAAGCACUGAACUACUUGAUGAGAUGAUGAUGGACAGUAGCUGUGAUCACAGCCAGGUGCGGAGAUGCAUACAAGUUGCCCUCUUGUGUGUUGACAUGCAUCCUAGGAAUAGGCCACUCAUGUCUUCAGUUGUCAUGAUGUUGGCCGCCGAGAAUGCCAUGCUGCCAGAGCCAAAUGAGCCUGGAGGAAACAUCGGAAGGAGCACGUCAGACGGAGAAUUGUCCCAAACUCAAAGUCAGUGCCUCAAAGAUGACUCAGGUCAUGGGGGAUCAUUGGGGCGAUAG